AUCAGAUGUACAAGACACGAUGACUGAACCAAUGGCUGCUUUCAUGCUUCUCAGUACACUGUCUGUGAUUCAAGCUGCAGACGUUCCUCCUUCCAUCUCUUCUACUGUGGUUAAAUUCGGUGACAGCGCCAGUUUCUACUGUCAGGCUUCAGAUAAAGACAGAUUUAUUUACUGGUAUAAACAGCCUCUUGGACAUAUGAUACGAACUGUCGCUGCAGGACUUUAUGGCAAAAUCACAGCCAGUGAAGAUUUUAAAGACCCACGUUUCAGUGUCACAAAAAAGGACACACAGAUUGUUUUCACCAUCAGAAACAUCAAGAAAGACGAUGAAGCCAUGUACUUCUGUCAGAAUGGAUCUUUAGUUGGACUGAGUUUCCUUAACGGAACAUUCUUAGCAGUGAACGAUUCGGAGGGGUCGAUCCUUAUCACACAACAUCUGCAGACCAGCUCCAUCAGGCCUGGAGGUUCAGGGAGUCUCCGAUGUUUGAUGCUGUCCCAGUCCAAAGAAAACACAGUCCAGUGUCCAGGUGAACACAAUGUGCACUGGUUCAGAACCGAAUCCCAGAAAUUUCAUCCAGGUGUCAUUUGCACUCACAAAAACAAGAGCAAAGAACGAGAAAAGAGGAGCUGCAUGUACCAUCUGUCUAAAACCACACAGGACUCACCUGAUUCUGACAGUUACUACUGCGCUGUGGCCAAAUGUGGACAGAUCCUGUUUGGUGGAGGAACUGAAGUGGAGACAGCCCUGGUUCAACCUACAGACCCACCUCUUCUGAUCUCUUCUGCUGUGGUUAAACUUGGUGACACUGUGACUCUGUACUGUGCUGCUUCUGACACAGAGACGUAUUUUUACUGGUAUAAACAGACUCUUGGACGCAUGAUCCAAACGGUGGCUGAAGGAUUUUAUAGUCAAGUAAAACUUGGUGAGGAAUUCAACAACUCACGUUUCAAUGUCACUAAAAACAAUGUUGAGUAUGUUUUCACCAUCAGAAGAAUAAGCAGAGAGGAUGAGGCACUGUAUUUCUGUCAGAGUGGGUCUUCAUUUGGACUGGGUUUCGUUAACAGUACAUUUGUAACUGUUAAAGAUCAACAAAAUCAGCACAAAUCUGUCUACGUGGAACAAAACCUAAGAGAAGCUUCAGUGCAACUUGGAGAUCCAGUCACACUCCAGUGUUCAUUUCACUCUGAGGAUGCAAUCCAGUGUCCAGGCGAACACAAUGUGCACUGGUUCAGAGCCGGAUCAGGAGAAUCAAACCCAGGAAUCAUUAACACUCACACCACCAGGACUGAAGAAAAAAACAAAAGAAAAUGCAUCUACGGUCUGUCUAAAACCGUACAGGACUCGUCUGAUUCUGGGACUUACUACUGUGCUGUGGCCACAAAUGGACAGAUCCUGUUUGGUGAAGGAACUAAAGUGGAGAUAAGUACAUCUUUAGAACUGAAAACAGGACUCGACAUGGUUCCUGUACUGGGUGUGGUGUCAGCCUGCUGUGCGGUGAUGGUCGCUGUCCUUAUUUUAUAUCCAAGGAAAGGGUGUAAAGAAGCCAAAGGACAGACCAGUGCUGCUCAUCAUCAUGGAUGCAACCAGACAAAAAAUUGGAAUGGUGAACUUAGGGCCGCAAGCUACAUGGCGUUGGAGCUUCUCACAACAACAGAAAUAUGGGAUGUAAAGCAGAGAGAACAUGCGUCUGUGUAUUCAGUGGCUGUUUAUUACACAGAGUGAACGACUUCAACAUUAGCAGCAGAUUUCAAAUAUAAUUCUACAGGUCAAGACAGUAGUAGGUUUCCAUAAUGACGGUAAAGUAACAAAAAGUAAGUGUGGAUUUGUGGACUGCAUGUUUAUCAGUAAAACCAUAACAGUUAUUACCUCAGUGUAUUACACACACACACACACACACCUGAACACACACACACACACACACACAAAGUGAAUAAAUUACAACUGAGUGUGUCAUAUCUAUAGAUGUAGUGGACUUAUAUAAUGUAUUAUCUGUAUGUUAAUGUAUAUAUUGGAUGUAGAGGUGUAGUUUUCACCACAUACUUGUUAAAUAAAUAAAGGAACCUUGUGAUCACUGUGUUUAAUAUUAAAAGAUGUUUUUCUGAAAUAAUGCUUUACUUAAAGUCAUAAUUAUGUCAGUGUAUUUACAUUUGUCUUUGUCAUUAUGUGUUUAAUUUUCUAUUCAUGGUGUGUUUUAAUAAGCAACAGCUACUCGUACAUGAAGCUUGAGAUCUUCACUAUUUUAUCUCUUUAUGCAAAAAAAAAAAAAAAAAAA